UGGGCACGUGAUAAGCUCGCCGCGGUUCGGCCGCCCUACACUGACUGGCCGGCUCCGGAUUCACCCAGACCACCGGGCGUUCAACUCCUAGCGGCCCAACGUCGGGGGCGCAGGCUGGAAGGAUAUCGCGUUGAGAUUGAAAACAGGGCUCCAAGGAGGGCAGAGCGGGAAUUCCUAACGCCGGAAGCUCAAAAGCGCAUUGGCAGUCGAGUCGCUAGUUUUAAGAAAGUCCUGGCCGAACUGGAUGAAGUGUGGUUCACCCUGAACCACGUCCUCAAGGUGCGCAUUGAAGAGGUUAGACUGAUCGAGGCGAUAAACAGGUAUGUGUUUGACGCCACCGACAUCUUGGCCUGGAUCUCUGAAAGGGAGCUCUACCUUAACAGCUUGGAAAGACCCACGAACGCAGAAGAAAAUGACCGGACGCUUCGUCGUCUGCGGACCCUUGCUGGCAUCGUGAGGCAGUGGACAGACAAAGUUUCCAACACAGUUGCUCGUGGACAGAAGUUGAAUCAGGACUCGCGGCGUGGCGUCCAGGUGGAUGAUGAAAUUGUUAGCGUCAACGAGGCUGCUCAAUCAGUUGUUACGACGUUUGCGAAUCGAGUGAAAAGCGCCUAUGAUGCCCUCUGUGACGCCAUUGCCCUAAAGACACGCGAACUGAGCGAAGCCAGCGAGCUGCACGACCUUUUGCUUGACCUCUUAGAUCUUGAGGUGAGUGGCGUAAUCUGCAUAAACUGUGGUAAAUGUUGA